CCCGUUUCAGUUUACUUUAGUCGCUGGAAUUGAUCACAGCUUACUGUGUUGAAGUAAUAAAAUAGUGCAAACAAUCGUUAUCGUUGUCAUCAUUGCAGUCCCGUCGGUGUCCCGUUUGUCAAAUAGUGAAAGUGAACGGAAACAGUCACAUUGUUUUAACUGACGAGUUUUAAUUGUUGUCUAUUUGCUACGCUUCGAACAACGAACAAAGUCGCAACAUGAAUCCGCAAUCGGUGUCCCACCUGGAGCACAUGUGCUCGCUGGACAUUGACUCGCCGACGGCCUUCGUGCGACUGUCCGGCAUCAUCUGUACCAUCGGGCCGGCUUCGGUGGCUCCGGAAACACUGGAGAAGAUGAUGGCCACCGGUAUGAACAUUGCCCGGUUGAACUUUUCCCACGGAUCUCACGAGUACCACGCCAACACGAUUAAAAACAUCCGCGAAGCGGUCGAUAAUUACUCGAAAAAACUGGGCAAACCAUUCCCGUUGGCUAUCGCAUUGGACACUAAGGGACCGGAGAUCCGUACCGGUCUGAUCGAGGGCAGCGGAACCGGUGAGGUCGAUCUGAAGAAGGGUGAUAAAAUUCAAUUGACCACCGAUAAGGAUCACCUCGAGAAGGGCAGCAAGGAGAAAAUCUACGUUGAUUAUGUAAACAUCGUAAAGGUGGUGAAGCCAGGCGAUCGAGUCUUCGUUGACGACGGUUUGAUCUCGCUGGUGGUGGACAGUAUUAGUGGGGAUACAUUAACCUGUACUGUAGAGAAUGGUGGCGCUUUGGGAUCACGAAAGGGAGUUAACCUGCCUGGAGUUCCGGUAGAUCUGCCUGCCGUGUCCGAAAAGGACAAAUCCGAUCUGGUGUUCGGUGUCGAGCAGGGUGUUGACGUAAUCUUUGCCUCGUUUAUUCGUAAUGCUGCCGCGUUGAAGGAAAUCCGCGGAAUUUUGGGUGAUAAGGGAAAGAAUAUCAAAAUCAUUUCGAAGAUUGAAAAUCAACAGGGUAUGCAGAAUCUGGAUUCUAUUAUUGCUGCCUCGGAUGGUAUUAUGGUUGCCCGCGGUGAUCUGGGUAUUGAAAUUCCCGCAGAAAAGGUGUUUUUGGCGCAAAAGUCAAUGAUUGCACGGUGCAACCGGGCUGGUAAACCGGUGAUUUGUGCCACCCAAAUGUUGGAAUCCAUGAUCAAGAAACCGCGCCCAACUCGUGCUGAAAUUUCCGAUGUCGCCAAUGCGAUUAUUGAUGGCGCGGAUUGCGUUAUGUUAUCCGGUGAAACUGCCAAGGGCGAAUAUCCGUUGGAAUGUGUGCUGACAAUGGCCAAGACAUGCAAAGAAGCCGAAGCUGCUUUAUGGCAUCGCAAUCUUUUCAACGAUUUGGUGAGCGCUACUCCAAGCCCACUGGACACGGCAAGCUCGAUUGCGAUCGCCGCUUCGGAAGCGGCUACCAAGACACGUGCGGCUGCAGUUAUUGUGAUCACUACCUCGGGACGUUCGGCUCAUCUGAUUUCUAAAUACCGACCACGCUGUCCGAUCAUUGCAGUUACACGGUUCCCGCAGACCGCACGUCAGUGCCAUCUAUACCGAGGCAUUUUGCCGGUAAUUUACGAGCAACCUGCUCUAGAAGACUGGCUGAAGGAUGUCGAUGUUCGCGUUCAGUACGCUUUGGAAUUUGGAAAGGAACGUGGCUUCCUGAAGCCAGGCAACCCGGUGGUAGUCGUAACUGGCUGGAAACAAGGCUCCGGUUUUACCAACACCAUUCGUGUCGUGAACGUCGAAUAAAUCUAGCUACUCUCACAGCGAUGCUGUUUCUUCAUCUACACCAACUAGAGUGUUUCAUGGAAUUACUCAUAGUCGUUAUAACAUUAAUCUGGCCCAUAAAUAUAGAUAUACUACCGAAGAAUGUUUCACGUUUUAGUCUGCUAGUAACACAAGCUAUUCCAGACUUUAAACAACAUGUAUGUCACGAAGAAAGUAUCUGACCUCAAAUAAAAUAACCAGCA